UAUGUUUAUUUUUUGUCAAUUGCCGAAAUGGAUUUUUGUUUCUUUCAAUAAAACCUUUUGAUUUUUAUAGCGUUUCGGCAUUUCGGCAUUGACGUGAAGUUGUCAUUUGACGAUUUCACAAUGGGGGUCUUAAGAAUUUUGAAUGUGGCGCCGACCCAGUUACACCCGAACAGUUGGGCACAAAUGCAAGCAUUCAACAAUUUAUGUCGGUGCAUUGGUGUGACGCCUUCCCCUUGGUUGUUUCUUCAUUUCUACUACACCCGACCGACCGAUCUAGCGAAGUGGUUGUCAUUGAACAGGGUGUCUGAUCGACAACUAUUCGACAGUUUCACUUCGUCUUACAAGAAUUUCAAAGCUGGCUUUUUUAGGAUAACCAUUCGGCCAAACGGUCGACGAUUUUUUUGCGAUGAAAACAAUGAAAGCUUGUUUCCGUUCUAUUGGACACCUACUCCGCGACCGUAUGAUAUCCUGUCGAGGGAAGACCUAUCACCCGAAGAGCAAUUGGAUCUCGACUUACUAUUACAGCUUCCUCGGGGUUUGCCGACAAAGCGGUUGAUCAAUUUGAUUGACUCUCCCCGAUGGGAUAAUGAUUUAAUAGGCAUUAUGGUGACGAGCGGGGGUGAUGAGUUUAGCAUUCGCAAUUUGUUGGCCAAUCGCACCCAACAAGUUCGGCAGAGUGGGAUGGUUGGAGGUAGCAAUUCGAGGGUCGCCUCGAUUCCACGACCAGUGACUGAUGCACGCGUGCCCCCUGAAGCCGAACGGAGGCACCGAGGUCAUAAGGGGAAAAAAGUUCAUCGAAGUGGUCAUAAGCGAAAAGAAGAUAAGGAUCGUUCAGAGAGGCCGAAAAAGUUGAAGCAGCAAACCCUUCCUGGGUCUUCUCAGAGCUCUCUCGUGGUGCCUCCAACACUGAUGACUCGAGCCUUUCUGAGUGAAGGGGUUUCAGCUGAAGGCCUUAUUCGCCCGGAUGUAAUUUCGGUCCAAGGUCGCGAGUAUUUGAAUAAUCUAGAUACGGCGUCUAAGUGGAAGUAUUUUUGUGAAGUUCAAGCUCGGUCACUUGUGCUUGCCCAUAGCCUUGCCAUGGAGCCGAUCAGGGAGCUUGCUGGUAUGCGAAACCGAGCAGAAGAAGCUGAGAAGGCUACAGUUGAGGCCUUGUCGGUGAAUGAUGGGCUGGUUCGCAAGAACAGAGAGCUUUCCAUCGAACUGGACAAAUUACGGCGAAUAAACGACACACUUCGAUUGGAUGUUCAAAAGGUUGUGGCUGAAGGGGAACGUCAGACGGUGGAGAGUGAGAAGGCCAAGGCUGAUUUGGUUGAAUUUAAGCAAUAUGCUAAGGAUCGUAUUGUGACUCAGCAUGAGGCCGGUUUCAAUCAGGCCAUUCGACAGGCGAGGUUUUUUGGCCAUUUUCCGGAGAACUUAGUUUGACAUUGGGCAGGACUUCUAUCAAGGGGAAUUUAUGCCAUUCAUAGAUAUGCCUGAAGGAGCAGUGGCUGAUGCCGAAGCCCCUCUACCUCCUCACGCCGAACCAACUGUGAAUGAGGAGACUCAUGUAGGUACUGAGGAGGAGGUCCAAGUUCAAGACAACCGGGCUGAUACCGAUCAAGUGGUGGAGGAUGAAGUGAGUCAAGGCCAGUAAUUUAGGAGUUGAAUCCUUGUAUUUUGGGCCGAGAGAGCCUGUAGUUUUUUGUGGGACUUCGGCUUCAUGAUGCCUUUUUUUUUUGUUAUUGCACGCUAUUGAUGUAGAUUUACUUGCGGUUUACUUCUUUAUGUAACUCUCUUGUCAAGCUUUUGAAA